AUGGCUAAGGACGGUACCGCAAAGAAGGCGGCUGUGAAAAAUGGCUUUUCUGCCACUCAUGCUUCUUUUGAGAAGGAAUUGAAGAAGAAUGGGAAGGCCGUCGACGUGACAAAUGCGCCAUCCUUGCUCAAACUCUUCCAGAAGUUUGAGAGUUCCUCUGAAAGCUCUGACAGUGGCAGCUCUUCUUCCUCUGAAAGCUCUAGUGAUUCUGAGGAUUCGUCUUCAGACAGUGACGAGAGCACCGACUCUGAUCUUGAAAUGGCCGAGGCUCCUAAGGCGGCUAUAAAUGCCCGCUCUUCAUCUCCAUCUUCUACCAGCUCUUCCAGUUCUUCCAACUCCGACAGUGACAGUGAUGCUGAUGACGAGGAUGAGGAGAAUGCCGCCGCCACCUCCGCUCCUGUUAAGAAGUCGACAGGCGUGAAACGCAAGGCUGAAUCUAGUAGCUCAUCCGACUCUAGCUCUAGCUCCGAAUCCGAUGCCGCUCCGAAGGCGAAGAAGGUCAAGACUGCCAAGUCUGCCACCUCGUCUUCUUCGCCUAGCUCGUUCGACUCGUCCGACUCGUCCGACUCGUCCUCUGACUCUUCGUCUGAUUCUUCAUCCGAUUCUUCGUCCGACUCGUCUGAUUCUUCAGCUUCCGCCUCCAGCUCCGACUCCAGCUCCGACUCUGAAUCUGCUUCAGAAUCUUCCGAGUCAGACAAGCCUUCCAAGAAGGCUGAUUCGAAGGCCUUGAAAGCUGCAAAGAAGACGCCGCUUCCAGAGUCUGAGGACGAGAACGCUAGAGGGGCUGCAGUCAACAAUGGCUCUUCCUCCGAUUCUAGUACCACUAUUGCUGCUACUACUCCUCGCGAGGAUUCGACUAAUAGCGCUGUUGCUAAGGUUCAGAGCUCUGCCAGUACUAGUGCCAGCCCUGUUCCUAGAAACAACCCCACCAAGAAGAAGCAUAGUCUGGAACCUUACAACGGCCCAACCAAUGAAUAUGUCUCUUACGCAUAUGCGGACCGAGCUUUUGCUGACCUAUCCGUCACUCGUGGCAAGGGGUUCACCAAGGAGAAGAACAAGAAGAAGCGUGGCUCCUACCGCGGUGGCCCUAUUGACAUCAGCGGCGGCAAGUCUUUCAAGUUUGAGGACUAG